UAUUCACUCAUAGCUUUGUCCCACUCUCUGCUUAUAAAAAGCUCACUCCUUGUUUAGAUUGCGACCCAGAACAGACUAGAGCGGGAUUCAAUAAUACAUUCAUAUUUGGUACAAUGGCAAGUGCAGUCUUGCUCCAUCUGAUUUGUGGAGUUUUGGCUGUUUUGAGUGUUUCUUUGGUGAAUGCGGAUGACCCAUAUAAGUAUUACACUUGGACUGUCACUUAUGGAACCGUUGCUCCUCUUGGCGUUCCCCAACAGGUGAUUCUUAUCAAUGGUCAGUUUCCUGGACCUAGAUUGGAUGUGGUGACUAAUGAUAACAUCAUUCUUAACCUUAUUAACAAGCUGGAUCAACCUUUCCUCUUGACAUGGAAUGGUAUUAAACAAAGGAAGAACUCAUGGCAAGAUGGAGUAUUGGGAACCAAUUGUCCCAUCCCCCCAAACUCAAACUACACCUAUAAGUUUCAAACCAAGGAUCAGAUUGGAACCUACACGUAUUUCCCUUCAACUCUUAUGCACAGAGCUGCUGGAGGAUAUGGAGGACUCAAUGUCUAUCAGAGGCCAAGGAUCCCAAUCCCUUAUCCUACCCCCAAUGGAGAUUUCACUUUACUUAUUGGUGAUUGGUUCAAGACUAACCAUAAGACAUUGCAACAAACUUUGGACUCAGGGAAAUCUCUUCCAUUUCCUGAUGGAGUUCUUAUAAAUGGCCAGGCACAUACCACCUUCACUGGUGAUCAAGGUAAAACCUAUAUGUUCAAGAUCUCAAAUGUGGGCUUAUCGACUUCAUUCAACUUCAGGAUUCAGGGCCACACAAUGAAGCUAGUUGAAGUUGAAGGAUCUCACACAAUUCAGAACAUAUAUGACUCACUUGAUGUGCAUGUUGGUCAAUCUUUAUCUGUCUUGGUAACCUUAAAUCAGUCUCCAAAGGACUACUACAUUGUUGCAUCCACACGGUUUACCAAGCAGGUUCUCACAGCUACUGCAGUAUUACACUAUGCUAAUUCUAAGGCCCCGGCUUCAGGACCCUUGCCUGCUGCUCCUUCAAACCAACUACAUUGGUCUAUGCAGCAAGCCCGAACUUUCAGGUGGAAUUUGACAGCAAAUGCUGCCAGGCCGAAUCCUCAGGGCUCAUUCCAUUAUGGAAAUAUAACCACAACAAGGACUAUUGUUCUGGCAAACUCAGCAUCUUUAAUAAAUGGAAAGCAGCGUUAUGCAGUUAAUGGUGUCUCUUACGUGAACGCUGAUACCCCUCUGAAGCUUGCUGAUUAUUUUAACAUCCCUGGAGUUUUCAGUGUGAAUUCGAUCCAAAGUACACCCUCUGGUGGUUCCCCAACUGUAGGUACCUCUGUUUUGCAAACAUCGCUUCACGAGUACAUCGAGGUUGUCUUUCAAAACAAUGAAAAUACCAUGCAAUCCUGGCAUCUUGAUGGUUAUGAUUUUUGGGUUGUUGGUUAUGGUUCUGGACAGUGGACAGCAGACAAGAAAAAGACCUACAAUCUAGUUGACACUCUUACUAGACACACAGCUCAGGUCUAUCCACGAUCUUGGACUGCUAUAUAUGUGUCCUUAGAUAACCAAGGUAUGUGGAACGUGAGGUCUGCAAUAUGGGAAAGGCAAUAUCUUGGACAACAAUUUUAUCUCAAGGUUUAUAAUGCAGUCCGCAGCUUCGCUAAUGAAUACGACCCUCCCUCCAACAUUCUACUUUGUGGGAAAGCUGUUGGACAUCACCCUUAGUCUCAUUAUUUACUUAUGUAAUAGUACUAGUCAUUUGAUUUUAUCAGUCAUGAUGGUAUGACUGUAAGAGAAAGCAAGAGUCUUUGCUAGGGAGAAAAGAAUGCGGAUUUGAGGAUUCCAAUUUUUUAUUUGUACAUCUCAAAAACAUUUAGGUGGAUUUUCAUUGACAUGAUUAUGUAUUAGCUUAAUAUAUUUGUACCUAUUUUUCACUAAUUUGGUUUUAUCUAUGAUUGAUGGCCUACAGUAUUUAUAAAGUAUUUUUCUUCUGGUUU